AUGCCGACCACAAGCACAUAUCCAUAUCCGACACCUGCUGAAUCCAAUCCUCGACAGCUAUUCAAUGCAUCCCAUCUACUGUGUAUCGUCGCCAUAACUAUGAUGUCGCUCACCGCAUUGGCAUCAGCUCAGUCAUAUCAGGCACCUCCGACAACAACUACCCAGACUCCUCGACCUCGAUUGACUCAGAAACCUUUACCAAUCACCUUACCUGAAAGACCUCGGACGGCUCCAAGUUUCUCCACCAGAAUCCCUCCAACUCAAGCUCCCAGCCAGUCCUUUCAUCGAGUGCCUCCAAGACCUCUAGCAACUCCCUCUACACGACUUCCUAUAAGACCUCCGAAUUUGCCCGUCCAAACGGCGACGCUCCAAAUCCAGACGCUUCAACGACCUCUACCCUCAUCACCAAAGUCCACGACUACUGUCUCUCCAAACCUUUCGAAGAAAGCUCGUGAAGUGGAUUCUUAUUAUCGAGAAACGUAUAAUAAUAUUUGUAAUCGGCAGUACCUCAACACCUUGCGAAUUCGCACGUUCAGUACUGUAGAGCCGACAUGGGCAGCAAGAGAACUUCUCCAGAGGAAUGAUGUAGUAGCAACGUUACAGGACAGUGAACUCUUCGUGACACGUUGCAGACCUGUGCACCCACAGAAGAUUUUUGAAGACCACAGGGUGAAUGACACCUGCUACGUGCUUACACCCGUACAAGCUGAUGAUGCUAUAUGGUUCGCUGUACCCGGAACUCAAGAUCUGCUCCCUAUAUCGGCCACUACUCCCUGCCCAUAUUUACCUCAAAGGAGAUCUCAUCAUCUUCAAUACGUAUUGCCCCCAAAUAACCUACAACCGGCUCAUCUGUUCCUCUUCAAUCCUCCUUCGGUUUACUCCCAGAGUCAUGGAUACUUCACACCGUUCGCGCGAUUCUAUCUCCAGCCUUUUGUCGUUCUUGAGCGAAACUCAAGCAGCCAUAGAUCUGGACCGAUGCAACAUAGCAACACUCCCUCACCAUCUCGUGCCCAGACUGGAGGCGCUGGAGGCCAAAUCAAGGACGAUGCUGGAGCAACUUGA